GAGGGAGCGGCUCGGGUCGAGCGACGUUCACUGCGAACGGGAGAGAGAGCGAGCGGCGGAGCGCGCAGCGGAGCGGACGGGUGGAUGACUACAGACAGUCAGGAUGCGUGAAUACAAACUGGUUGUUUUAGGAUCAGGAGGCGUCGGCAAGUCAGCUCUGACUGUCCAGUUUGUUCAGGGAAUCUUUGUGGAGAAAUACGACCCCACGAUAGAGGACUCCUACAGGAAGCAAGUCGAGGUCGAUGGACAGCAGUGUAUGCUGGAGAUCCUGGACACGGCGGGGACAGAGCAGUUCACGGCGAUGAGAGACCUGUACAUGAAGAACGGCCAGGGCUUCGCUCUGGUGUACUCCAUCACGGCUCAGUCCACCUUCAACGACCUUCAGGACCUCAGAGAGCAGAUCCUCAGAGUGAAGGACACCGAGGAUGUUCCCAUGAUCCUGGUUGGGAAUAAAUGCGACUUGGAGGUGGAACGUGUGGUGGCCAAAGAGUCGGGAAUCGGGCUCGCCCGCCAGUGGAACUCCUGUGCCUUCUUGGAGACCUCGGCCAAGAGCAAGAUCAACGUCAACGAGAUCUUUUAUGACCUCGUCCGACAGAUCAACAGGAAGAGUCCAGCACCAGGGAAAACUCGCAAAAGGUCCACCUGUCAGCUUCUCUAAUGACAGUUUUCUGCUCACCCGACAACCAACCAACCAACCAAUCACAUGACAUCUUCCAGCUGGCCACGCCCCUUUAACACAACCAUAUCAUCACCAACAUUAGCCACCUCUGACCUCUGUUACCAUGACGACUGCAUCUCCCAUUGGCUCAUCACACUAUCUAAAGGAGACUGUUGCCUUGGAAACAUUGAAACAAAACAUCAAAGGACUGCAACGGUGGCGGCGAUGAUGAUGAUGAUGAUUCUGCUGUUGCAGGAAUGCGGGGCCAUAAACUACGGUUCCCAUCAUGCUCUCUGUUAGGCUGUCUUUGCAGUGGGGAGUGGCUUCUUGCUUUUUUUUUUUUUUUUUUAAUUUUAAACAUUUCCUUCCUUUUCUUUCGCCUUGUUUUCUUGCAGCCCUGAGCCAUUUACACGCAGCGCAGCCGUCGGCACCGCCGCAGUGAUGAUGGCGCCGCCGACACGGCUGACGCUGUGUGUGUGGCUCUGCUGAAACCUGUGGAUUCAUACUGUGGUUAUUAUUACAGUGGUUAUGAUUCUGUGUGAAAACAUUUCAGAGUAAUUUUAUGUUUUGAUUUUUUUUGGGGGGGGGGAGUGGGGGGGUUGCAGCAGGUCAUGAGGUUAGCUUAUCGUGCUGGUAGCAUUGCGCUAGUUAAAGUUAGCUUGAAGCUAGCAAAGUCAGAAAUGAUACAGAUAUAGCAGGUGUGCUACAAAGGGACUCUAACCAAUGAAAUCCAGGGAGUGGCAGUGGGUGUGGCUUGUUACCAUAGCAGCACAGUGAGCUGACUCCUGAUCUGCUGUUCAGGGCGGACAUGUUGCCUUUUGACAGCAGACUCACACUGGUCCAGUACCUUAACUCUGUGUGUGUGUGCGCGCGUGUGCGUGCGUGCGUGUGUGUGUGCGUGUGCGUGCGUGCAUGUGUGUGUGUGUUACAGUUUCUGUAAUGAUUAAUUUUUGACCUGCGGGGGUCGAGUUAUGAUUAUGGAGCUGAACAGCCGACAGAUGUUGUCUCUGUGGCGUUAGCCGUAAAAUUUCCUGCUUUAAAAUGUUAUUAACGCAACACGUCUGAGUGGAAGCGCUGAGUUUUUGUCCUUUUCUGACUUUAACUGAUAAGACAUCAAAGGGGGGGGGUCAUGCUCAUGUUAAGCUCUGAUAUUGCUGCGGGAUCCAUUUAAAAGAAACAUUAACAUCC